AUGAACUUGCAGGACGAACAGACACGGCUUCAAUGUGUGGCCAGUCAGACGUCCUAUCAUACCUCGUCCGGUCAAGGCAGAGCUCAAAGCGCGAGGACGGGGCAAUGGUCUGCUGAUGGGACUUGCAUCGUCCACGUCAAUGCCAAUAACUCGAUUGAGACGAUGGUCCUACCGGAGGAUCUUCUCGACAACGAGACGCGCCAUGAUUUGAAGCCGUACUCAAUUUACAACUCAGCUGAUCCAAUAUAUGCGACAGCAUUAUAUUCACACUUCGUGUUGAGUGACCCACGUACAACAUUGGUGCUUUGUGCCACACGUGACACACCGAUUCAGUUACGAAAUGCUUUGGACUAUAAUCGAGGAGUCUAUGCAACAUACUCGUGGUGCGAUCCUAAUACAGAAGCCGUGAUAACACCGCGUAGCCUCGUGUUCACGGCAGAUGCAACUCAUUUUGUCGCGGGUGGACAAGCUCAGUUCGCCGUCUACGACGUAAACUUUCCUUCUUCAAAGGCCAUCUCUGUUCGGAAGACCAGCAGAAGUCGAUACGCCACGAAGGCUUUUGGAGAUCCUCGUCUUAAUGCUACAGCUCCUUCAAGCCACAUAGCAGCUGUAGACAUCAGCUCUGAGGAUAUACUCGCGCUAGGUACAAACACAAGACAUGUUGCAUUGUACGCCAAUCAUGGGCUUGGUGACCUGAUUACAUCAUUCAGACUUCCUUCACCACGGUUAGGAACGGCAUGUGGUGGUAAGGGCAUCACGCAGAUUAGGUGGAGCGCAGACGGCACCUACCUUUUCAUCGCGGAGCGACAAUCCGACACAAUCGAACUCUUCGACGUUCGGCAAAGCGGUAAACAGCUUAGUUGGCUGUCCGGACGCCGGGCAGAUGUGAACUUUCAAUUGUCAUUCGACGUCGUGCCCACCCUCCACGGCCUGGAAAUUUGGGGCGGCGGAGUUGAUGGCCGACUUCGAAUGUGGAGCAACCCGGAACAGCAGGAAGGGAACGUGAAAUUUACGCAGGAGUGGCAUGUUCACGAUGACCCUGUGUGUUCGACGCUUGUUCAUGCAUCUGGAACCGUUGUUGCAACACUUGCUACGAAAGAUCGAUACGGCACUCGGUCUCAUACAGCGAGCAUAUUAUCGGAUGAAUCUAAUGACAACUCCAUGAACGAGGAAGAAUCAAGCUCAGAUGCACAAAGCGAGAAAGGCAACGACAGCGAUGAGAUUGAAGCAAAGGAGCGCGUCUCAGAACGACCCGAAUCGCGAAUGUCAACGGACCAAUCAGACCCGAUGCUCAAAUUCAAAUGCAAUUAA